AAGUGCAACUAGGACCAUUGGAAGCUCCACUCCAACAACCAGCGUCACUGCGACCAUCACUACCGCCACCCUGACCACGACCACCACCCUCACCUCGGCCUCCGCCACCAUCACUGCGACCACCACCACCAGCACCAGUGCAACGAGCUCCAGUGCAACUAGCACCACUGAGAGCUUCACCACAACGACCAGCGCCACCGCGACAACCACCACCACCCUGACUACGACCACUACACUCACUUCGGCCACCGCAAUCAUCGUUACGACCUCCAGCACAAGUGCAGUUAGGACCAUUGGAAGCUCCACUCCAACAACCAGCGUCACUGCGACCAUCACCACCGCCACCCUGACCACGACUACCACCCUCACCUCGGCCUUCGCCACCCUCACUGCAACCACCAGCACCAGCACAAGUGCAACUAGCACCAGUGCAACUAGCACUACUGAGAGCUUCACCACAAUGAUCAGUUCCACCGCGACAACCACCACCACCCUGACUACGACCACUACACUCACUUCGGCCACCGCAAUCGUCAUUACGACCUCCAGCACAAGUGCAACUAGGACCACGAGAAGCUUCUCUCCAACAACCAGCGUCACUGCGACCAUCACCACCGCCACCCUGACCACGACCACCACCCUCACCUCGGCCUCCGCCACCCCCACUGCAACCACCAGCACCAGCACAAGUGCAACUAGCACCAGUGCAACUAGCACCAGUGCAACUAGCACUACUGAGAGCUUCACCACAAUGAACAGUGCCACCGCGACAACCACCACCACCCUGACUACGACCACGACACUCACUUCGGCCACCACCAUCAUCAUUACGUUCUCCAGCACAAGUGCAACUAGGACCACGAGAAGCUUCUCUCCAACAACCAGCGUCACUGCGACCAUCACCACCGCCACCCUGACCACGACCACCACCCUCACCUCUGCCUCCGCCACCCUCACUGCGACCACCACCAGCACCAGUGCAACGAGCACCAGUGCGACUAGCACUACUGAGAGCUUCACCACAAUGACAAGCGCCACCAAGACAACCACCACCACUCGGACUACGACCACUACAUUCACUUCGGCCACCGCCAGCAUCAUUACGGCCUCCAGCACAAGUGCAACUAGGACCAUUGGAAGCUCCAUUCCAACAACCAGCGUCACUGCGACCAUCACCACCGCCACCCUGACCGCGACCACCACCCUCACCUCGGCCUCCGCCACCAUCACUGCAACCACCAGCACCAGCACCAUUGCAACCAGCACCAGUGCAACUAGCACUACUGCGACUUCCACCACAAUGACCAGCGCCACCGCGACAACCACCACCACCCUGACUACGACCACUACACUCACUUCGGCCACCGCCACCAUCAUUACGACCUCCAGCACAAGUGCAACUAGGACCAUUGGAAACUCCAUCCCAACAACCAGCGUCACUGCGACCAUCACUGCCGCCACCCUGACCACGUCCACCACCCUCACCUCGGCCUCAGCUACCCUCACUACGACCACCACCAGGACCAGUGCAACUAGGACCACUCGAAGCUCCACUAAGACGACCAGCGCCACUGCGACUUCCACUACAAUUACCACCCCCACUUCUACCACCUCCCUCACUUUUACCACCGCCACCCUCACUUCGACCACCGUCCUCACUGCGACCGAGACCACCUCCCGCACUUCGACCACCGCCACCCUCACUACAACCGCCACCCUCACUACGACCGCCACUAGCAACAGUGCAACUAACACUACUGAAAGCCUUUCCACAGUGACCAGCGCCACUGCGACCAUCACUGCCUCUCUGACUAUGAAUACUACCCGCACCAGUGCAACUAGGACCACUGCGACUUCAACCACAAGCGGCACCUCGACGACGAGCACAUCCGUGACAGCGAGCAGCAGCACAACACGGACACGCACGUCAGGGUCAUUCAGCAUUACGAGAAGCAGUACCAGCACGUUAACCAGCACUGCCACACAGCUGACCACGACGGCAUCGUCAACGAGCAGCACGAGCGAUACAGGCAGCUCCACUACAGCAACUAGCAGCAGCACAACAGCAACCAGCUCCAGUGCAACCAGUACCUCCGAAACGUCGAUAUCAGCAACCACCACCAGUGCAACUACCACCACUGACACCUCCACUACAACGACCGCCACGACCACCACGACCCCAUUGUUCGUCGUCGGCAGCGAACUGUCAUUCGGGAGCAGUGGGAAUUCGUCGCAGGUGGAAGCCGCAUCGACCGCCCACUUCCUAAAGAUGUUCAAGUGCGACCCGUCGCAGUUCCUUCUCACGGUCUCCAAAAGCGGUCGGCGGGCUCAUGCGCAGAGGUCGUUGACGAGCGCAGCAAACGUUACCGAUAACGAUACGUGGGAAGUCGUGUUUGAGGUCGUUGCGCCCCAGCAGGAGGCAGAAUCGUAUCUUGAGAUCGCCCAGGAGAUGUCCACUAAUCUCUCCAACUCCAGCUCGGGCGCCGAUGCAUUGGCCAAGAGUUUUGUAGACGAAGGUCUUGUGCUCGACGAGGACUCCGUGGACAUGGCCGAUCCAGAUAUCAAGGUCGUCACUGUAACGAUGACGACUGUGAGUGUCACAGAGACUUCCGUCACCAUGACGAGCACAGGGACUAGUACCACCAUUUCUAGCACCACAAGCGCCAGUGCGACCAGCAUCUCCGAGAGCUCGACUACCAGCCUCAGCAGUUUCAGUCCAACUAGCACCUCUGUAAGUUCCAGUACGAGUAUCACGGUCACGAGCAGUUCGGACACCUCUGCAACACACACGAGUGCGACUUCAAGCAGUACGGUUUCGAGUGGAACGCAGUCGAUCAGCACGACGACGAUGAGCACGAGUGCGACGUCAGGCAGUACGGUUUCGAGUGGAACGCAGUCGACCAGCGCGACGACGAUGAGCACGAGUGCAAGCAGUUCCACAACGCUGACAGCCACAUCUGGGUCAUUCAGCAACGCUGAAAGCAGUAGCAAGACGUCGUCGUUGACAACUCCGUUGGCUACUACAAGCGGUACCAGCAGCACGACGAUAUUGGCGACAACUCGGACUUCCAGUAAGACGUUCACUAACAGCAUGUCUGCGACAAGCCGCAGUGCGAGCUCGAGCAGCACGGCCACGGGCAGUACGGAAACGGACACGUCGAUGACGGCGAGCACCCCAUCCCUCACAGGUACAACCAUCAUCUCGAAUACAGAUACCUCGAGUACGAAGUCUACCCUCACCAGCACAGUCAGCAUCUCCGCGACGUCGACGACAUCGAUUUCAACCGAGGCGGCUACCUCGGGUACAAGCCUUACACCCACAGGCACGCUCAGUAUCUCCACGACGUUGACGGCAUCGGCUUCUACCAAGACAGCUACCUCGGAUAGAACCUUCACCGCCACAAGAACAGGCAGCACCUCGACACUGUCGAUGACAACGUCGCCGACCACGACCACCAUCAGCGUGUCUGUCUCGUCGCUGGCGUCUGCAACGGCAGCGGCGACCGCGACAGUCGCCGCAGACGCCUACGUGGUGCGGCAGACGCUGUCCUUCUCCAGCACCGGCACGCAGGCCGAGGUGCGCGAGGCCGUCGCGGAGGUGCUGCUCGCCCUCCUGGGCGUCGCGAGCGACGUGCUCGCGGUCUCGGUGUCCGCGGCGCCGGCCCGGCGCCUCGCCGCCGGCGUGCCGGCGGCGCGGGCGCCCGCGCGGCGGCUGGCGGCCCCCACGGCGUGGCAGGCGGACUACGAGGUCGUGGCGGACCACGGCACCGCGUCGCGGGUCGCGCAGGCGGCCAGGGCGAUGGGCGGCUCCGACGGGACGCUGGCACGGGUGC